AUGGUCGAACUACCCGGCGAAUCAAUAUUCGCUAGUGCCCAAUUCUUCUCUCUAACCCUCUACAUCAUCGGAAUAUUUUCAUUCCCCAUUCAUGUCUUCGGCGGUUUCUGUAUCCUUUUCCAGACUCCAGAAUCUAUGAAAUCUGUCAAAUGGAGUAUGUUUAAUCUGCAUUUGUGGAGUUCUUGUCUGGAUUUAACAGUCAGCUUGCUAACCCAACCAUAUUUAUUGAAAUCUACAUGGUCUGGAAUCCCAUAUGGGAUCUUGUACAAGUUUGGGGUGUCUUUAGCACUACAGAGUUAUAUGGUUUCCACUUUAUUUUGUUUAGUCGCUGUUUCUAUAAUCACGAUUUUCGAGAACCGAUACUUUUUGAUUUUUGCGGAGCACACUUGGUGGCGUCGGGCUCGUUAUCCCUUCAUGGCUACAAACUACAUUUUGGCUCUUUUAUAUUAUCUUCCAACAGUUUUGGCUGUUCCAGAACAGACCUAUGCUCGCCAAAUCAUUUUCAGAGAAUUUCCGGAAUUCAAACUUCUGGACACACCUAGUAACCCCGUUUAUGUUUUGGUUCUCGAUAAUCCAUGGGUUUCGGUACGGCAAAUUGCAAUGGAGAGUACCGUAGUUUUGGAGGCAUUAGUGUUUGUGCUGUUGUUGAAAAUAAAAAUGAAGAAUGUGGUAAAGGAGAUGAAAAUGUCAGAGAAUACAGCAAAACUCCAGAAGGCUUUCUUGAAGGCCUUGUAUAUUCAGGUCUCCCUACCCCUGCUAGUGAUCCUCAUCCCAUCCGCAAUUUCUGUUUUCUCUGGAAUCCUUGGAAUUUCAACUCAAAGUGUCAACAAUUUGGUUUAUAUCACAUUCUCCUGCCAUGGAUUGACCUCUACGAUAGUCAUGAUUCUGAUUCAGAACCCGUAUCGAGAAUUCUGCUUCGGGAUUGUUAGAAAACAAAAAGUUAGGACAACUACAGUAUCCAGUGUGAGUGCGAGGACGAGCACUACCCGAGUUACUGUGUUUUAA